AUGGAAACGGCUUGUGUCAUUUAUGUCACCACACCCUUGCAACCCUGUUGCAUUGACAACUACGUUUUGCAUCAUGGCACCCACCACUUGAGGUCGCAAAAAGAAGGAGAUGACGAAGCUUCAGAUGCUGCAAGUGAAGAUUACGAUGACAACGGAUCAGAAAUGGAGGUUGAUUUGGAGGAGGAGGAGGAGGAGGAAGAAGAAGAGGAAGAGGAAGAGGAAGAGGAAGAGGAAGAGGAAGAGGAAGAGGAAGAGGAAGAGGAAGAGGAAGAGGAAGAGGAAGAGGAAGAGGAAGAGGAAGAGGAAGAGGAAGAGGAAGAGGAAGAGGAAGAGGAAGAGGCAGAAGAGUCUACAGUUGAAGAGCCACCCAAAAUCCCUUCUCGCAAGCACAAGACUACUGCUGUGGCACCUGCUACUCCAUCGCCAAAGAAGACUUCAGGUCAGCAUCUCAGGCAUGGUGUCAAGCGUUCAUGGGCUACCAACGCUGAUUCAGACUCUGAUAAUCCCUUUGUCCCUUCUGAUACCCAAGAUUCUCCAACCAAGAAGGCUCAUAUUGCUUCCUUGCCCAAGAAGAAGUUGCCACCCACUCCUGCAGCUCUCAAGACACCAAAGUCUUCUUCAAAGUCCAGCCUUCUCCAAAUCCUCUUGAGGAAGAAGACAAAGGCUCAUCAGAAAAUCUUUGAUGCAGCUGUUUCAAAGGUCAAAGCAGAAAAGAUGAAGAAGAAGAAUGGCAUUGUGGAUAAAGAGAAAUACCCCAAGUUGAAGCUAUGUGGUGUCAAUGAUGUAGCAAUCAUGGAUAAACUUCUGAAGGCCACAUAUGGUGCCCCUUUAGCAAAGCUUCCUGGGGGCAAGAAGUUGAUCAGCUGGAAGAAGAAAGCUGACAACAAAGAUAAUGACACCGAAACUCUAGGAAUGGCCCAGCUCACUCUGAUCAUGAAGGAAUAUCCAAAGCUUGACCUUGGAUAUAUGAAGCAGUUGAUCACUUUCAGCUAUGAUGAGAAGCACAAUGUUGUCAACUUGUCUCGUGUUGAUCCAGCACUCAUUAUCAGCAAGCAAGUUGGCAAAUCCGACAUGGUGUGCAUAUGUAACAAGAAAAAGCCUGUAUUAUGUGUUUCUGUGGUUGUGAUUGAGGAUGACCAUACGGCAACCACAAAGACGAUAGGCGAUGAUAGCAUCAUCAAGUUUAUAACGGCAACUCCCCUUACCCAGGAGUUUGAACGAUUUGCAGCAGUUCUUUCUUCUCGACAAUUUGUUGACAUUCUCCACUUGAUCUGUUCUUUGAGCUCAAAUGACAUUGUUCCUAUUGUUGAUGCACAGGGAAAAAAAAUCCUGUUGCCUGGAGGUCUUACGACUCUUGAAAAAGAUUAUCCAGUUUUCGAAGGUGUCAUCCCAGCAAGCUCAGUGGCUCUCGUGGGAUACACGGUUGGAAAAUAUACUGCAAAGGCAUUUCCCAAUGAUGCCUCACAGUUCUUGCAACUGGUAACGAUGUAUACGGGCAUGCCAAAGCUGUGCCAGAUGCCCGCUAGGGAACAUAAAUUGGUUUCCCUUCAACAAGCACAACUCAAUAGUGUUGCCGCGGCUCCGGCUCAGAGCCAGCUGAAGCCAGGAGCCGAGCCGAGUUUAGCCGAAGCCCAGCCAGAACUGUUGAGUGAUGACUCCGACGGCUCGGCUAAUUUCGGCUCCGGCUAA